AUGGACGUUGGUCAGCUGCAAACAAGAUUCGUGGACUAUAGAAAGUCAAUGUUUUGUGAGGGGCUCUUGGACAGUCAGUUUAUUCAGCUUCAGCAACUUCAAGAUGAGAGCAACCCAGAUUUCGUGGUUGAAGUGGUGUCUCUUUUUUUCGAAGAUUCUGAAAAGCUUCUUAAUGAACUCUCCAAAACUCUAGGUCAGCAAACUAUAGAUUUUAAAAAGGUUGAUGCCCAUGUUCAUCAGUUGAAAGGUAGCAGCUCUAGCAUUGGCGCUCAGAGAGUUAAAAAUGCUUGCAUUGCUUUUCGCAACUACUGUGAAGAAGAGAAUAUCGAAGGGUGCUUGAGAUGUGUUCAACAAGCAAAACAAGAGUACUUCCUAGUCAAGGGCAAGCUUGAAACUCUAUUCAGGUUGGAGCAACAGAUUGUGGUGGCUGGUGGGGUAAUUCCUAUGGUGGAAUGAGUGGGUCUUGAAGUAACUAUUAGAGAGGCAAAGACAAGUAUGUGUUGGAGCUAUUGUUAGCUUUGUUUGAGUUUUUUAUCACUAAAACUACAGAACUUGGGCUUACAUGUCCUUGUAGUUACUCUUCCUAAAUAAUGGGUCCUAAAGUAACUACUAAACAGGCAAAGCCAAGAAUGUUUGGAGCUAUUAUUGAGAACCUUUGUUCGAGUUUUGUCUACCACUUGAAUUAACUACAAAACUUGUGCUUGC